AUCGAAGAUGAGCGAAUCCUUUUAGGAUCGCAUCAAUCUAAUACGCUAGCAUUUUCAGAAAAGCUUAUAGCUGAGUUUGAUAAAGUUUGGAAGUCACCAGAAGAUGCUCAGUCUUAUCGAUUCCAUUGCUA